AUGUCGAUCCCACCGGAGGCACUGCAGAAGCUUCUGCAGGAGAUUGAGCAGAAGGCAGCAUUCUCGCAACAGCAGAUCGGCAUAGUGAAGGCACAGAUGGCUGCGAAGACCCGCGAGAGUCGGAUGCUCCAGUUGACCUCAAGCGAAGUCAGCUCCCUGCCGAAGGAUACUCACGUCUAUGAGGGCGUCGGAAAGAUGUUUGUGCUCACGCCCACUGAAGACGUGAAGCAGAGGCUGUCUAAAGAGUCUCAAGAGCUGAAGUCGGAGAUGGCGAAUUUGGACAAGAAGCUGCAUUAUCUCGAGACCACGUACAAGAACAGCAGAGCCAGCAUGGAGCAACUGUUCCAAUCACGAGGAGGAUGA